AUGGUCUUCGCACGGAACGGAACCUCCGCGCAGCCCCCCCCCCCCGCUCCUCACUUCUCCGUAAACGGAAUCUCCGCGUACGCGCAACCACCCGCACCUCACUUCUCCGUGAACGCGCAGAACGCGCAGCCACCCAUAUCCAGUCUGAAGUCCAGUCUGAAGUCCAGUCUGAAGUCCAGUCUGAAGUCCAGUCUGAAGUCCAGUCUGAAGUCCAGUCUGAAGUCCAGUCUGAAGUCCAGUCUGAAGUCCAGUCUGAUGUUCGUAUCCUGUGGGCCUAAGACUGGAUUUGCUGAGGCCGAUAUGUCGACAAUAAAAGUCACAGCCCUUGAGAGUUCACUCAACAACAGCCAGGAUUUUGAUUGUCAUAUGGGGUUGUCAUUGUUGUGUCAUGUGAUGGAGAGUCAGUUCACUCAUCCAGGCACUUUUACACAGGGAAUAAAUGAGUCUAGUGCAUUAGUAGAGGAGCAAGGCCCUCCCCCCGAGCUUGGAAGGACCAGAAGUAUACAGCUGGAGUAUAAGAUUGACUGUGAUUCAGAUGAGCUGUUUGGAUUUACCUCAGAUGACAGUAAAGACUAUGUUCCUGAGUUCAUCUGUAGUGAAGAUUCAUGGGCGUCAAAAGAAAGUCAUGUUCUUCAGACAGCUGAGGAAAUGAACAACCUCUCAACAUUAUAUUCCAACAUAGGGAGCACUUCACCUGUGAAAGAAGGAAAACAGUUGUCUGACAGAGGCAGGUCUCUGUCCAAAAGCUCCCCAAAGCCACGUAAAAGGAGAAGGAUAAGUCCAUCCUGCCCAGCCCCACACAGCAGAUCCCCUUCUCCAAAACAGCAAGAAGAAAGUGAGGAGCAACAGUGCAGUUCUUCUUCUCCGCCUGAUUCCGUCCCAGUCUCACUGAAAGUGCCGGCAGUCAGGAGAAAGCAGGAUGGCUCACGUCUGUAUGAUAAGAAACAAUAUUGCUUGUUCUGUAAAGGAGUGGUGAGAUUGUCCAGGCAUUUGGAGCUUGUUCAUAAAAAUGAACGUGAGGUAGCACAAGCCCUGUCUUAUGAUAAAGGAUCAAAAGAAAGAAACCUCCAUUUCGAACAUCUGCGAAACAGAGGAAAUUUUGCCCACAAUAUUGAAGUGUUACAGGCAGGUACAGGUCACCUUGUUCCUCGAAAGCAACCACGAGAGGAUACAGAUGCCAAGGAUUUCCUGCAUUGUAGCCAUUGUCAAGGUCUCUUCAGAAAGAAAAUUCUUAGGAAACACAUGUCAAAAUGCAAGUUUAAGCCUCCCGAUCAACCAAAGAGAGGGAAAACUGCUGCACCUCCUCCUCUUGGUCUUAAUGAAGACUUCUGGAAGCUCUUAAGCAACAUGGUGAAUGAUGAAGUGACUAUUGUAGUGAAAACGGAUCAGUGUAUCCUGGAGUUUGGGCGACUGUAA